CUAUGGCCAACCAAUGUGGCUACCGCACACUGACCAACGAGCGUCAAGUUAUGGCGUUUUGUGCAAGACAUUCGUAAAUAGUUUAUAUAUGUGUUAUUAACUAUCAGUGUAUCUUUUUUAACUUAAAUUUAAUAUGAACAGAUAUUACGAUUACGGUAACGCUAUAUCAUGGAACAACCAGGCGCUGUCGUCGGGCCCCGGCAGCGGCGGCCAGGGCAAGGACCCGCUCGCGCCCGCGCUGCCCGGCUCGCGCGCCAUGUACCAGCACCCCGCCGUCACGGGCUACAACCCGCAGGACUCGCGCUCGCAGUCCAUGCCGGUCACGGCUCGUCAGAACCAGAUGUACGCGAGCGGCAUGUACCACGGCUACAGCGGCGCGGGCGGCGCCACCCUCGCGCCCAUGCCCUCGCCCUCGCCCACCGCGCCGCUGCCGCCCUUCCCGGUACACCCCGACGUUAAGUUUAAGAAGUUACCAUUCUACGACGUGCUGGCUGAGCUGAUGAAGCCGUCGACUAUGAUGCCGAUGCAGGCGGGCCGCAUGCAGGAGGGCACCUUCGUCUUCCACCUCACUCCGCAGCAGGCCACCGAGAUAGCGUCGGGAAAAGAUAUAGUCGGAACUAGUAAUAAGCUCGAUUAUGUUAUACAGGCCCAACUAAGAUUUUGUCUACUAGAAACUUCAUGUGAACAAGAAGAUCACUUCCCACCUAGCGUUAAUGUUAAAGUUAAUAAUAAGAUGUGUCCAUUACCAAAUCCAAUACCAACAAACAAGCCAACACCAGAGCCGAAACGACCACCUCGGCCUGUGAACAUUUCUUCUUUAGUGAAACUAUCUCCCACAGUGCCAAACACAAUCCACGUGACAUGGGCAACAGAUUUCACUAGAGGCUUUGCGCUUGGUGUGUUCAUGGUUCGGAAGCUGACGUCAGCGGAACUAUUGCAGAGGUUGAAAAACAAGGGCACAAAAAAUGCAGACUACACAAGAUCAUUAAUUAAGGAAAAGUUAUCAGAAGAUUAUGACAAUGAAAUAGCGACCACGUCACUAAGGGUAUCUCUGAUGUGUCCGCUGGGCAAGAUGAGGAUGUCGUGUCCGUGCCGACCGGCCAACUGCCCUCACUUGCAGUGUUUUGAUGCCUCGCUGUUCCUGCAGAUGAAUGAGCGAAAACCCACUUGGCUCUGUCCUGUCUGUGACCGUCCCGCGCCUUAUGAUUCCUUGGUAGUUGACGGGUACUUCCAGGAGGUGCUGACGUCGCCGCGGCUGGCGAGCGAGUGCAACGAGAUCCAGCUGCACGCGGACGGCAGCUGGUCUGCGCACGCGCCGCCCGCGCGCCCGCCGCCCGUGCAGCCCGCCGCCGCCGAGCCCGUCACGCUCAUCUCCGAUGACCUCGAAGUGAUACCUGUGGACGGUAACAGUAACAGUGGAGCGAAACGCGCGGCCGUGGGCGAUGGAAGAACGCCUAAACCGUCGGAAGUACUAGUGGACCUCACAUCUGAUUCUGAAGAUGAGCUGCCUCUCAAGAGAAAAGUUCCACAGCCAAAGAAUUCGCCACCUUCUGUAGAAACAACCAUAAAAUCAGACGACACAUAUACAACAUCAAGUGCGGAGGCGGUGUCGUCGAGCGGCUACCGCUCGCCGGGCGGCGCGGUGAUCUCGCUGGACAGCCCGUCCCCGCCCGCGCCCGCCUCGCCGCCCGCCGCGCACGCGCGCGCGCACGACGCCUCGCCGCGCUCCUCCGUCUCCGACCACUGCACAAGUAAUAAUACGGAAGAAAAUGAUGCCACACCGUCACACUGGGCGCCCUACGCAGAAUCGGAAAGGGAAUCUCAUGAUGCAUACCGAAGGUAG